CAAUAAGUUUCAGGACUUGACAACGAGACAGAGAGGCAGUGUAUGUCUGACUAGUUUGGUGCCAUGACUUUCACCACUAUAAGCCAGGAGGACUUGGUGACUGCUCUCAAAGAGGGCCGCGUAGAUAAAGUGACCUCACUCCUACAGAACGACCCCGAUUUUCUGACAACACCGGAGCCACAACCAUGGCUACACCUUGCCAUAAAUGCCCCUGCCAAUUGCCGUCGAUUACUUCGCUUGCUUCUAGAAGCGGGUCUUUCGACGGAUAUCCCCGACAAAGCUGGAGUCACUGCUCUUCACUUGGCAGCUAAUAAAGGCCGCGUGAAGUGCCUUCAGGAGCUUUUGCAGUGGAAGGCCAGUGUUGACAUCAGAGAUGAUAUAGGUCACACCCCCUUGCACUACGCCACCUUCAGUCGUCACAGGAAAGCUUUAACUUGCAUUCAUUUGCUAAUUCGGGCAGGAGCUUCUCGUAAUGUCCGCACUAAUAAAGGAUUCACUCCUCUUCACGUUGCAGCAGAAGUUGGCAACGUUGCUGCUGCAAGAGCUCUCUUGGAUGAAGGGGCGUCGCCUACUGUCACAGACAACAUAGGAAGGACAUCUCUGCACUUAGCAUCCACGACUGAAAUGGUGGAAAUUCUGCUGUCUGCUGGCGCUGAUGUGACAUGGGAAGACGCUGAGGGUGUCACUCCUUUAGACAGAGCCAUCCAUCACUUCCCUGCUCUCGCCCCCACAUUACUGGGCGCCGGUGUGGCAGUUCAGGGCGAUCGUCAAGACAGUGAUCUCCGUGUGUUCUUCCACUUUAAUAUCAUCAGUAGACAACAAAGCGAGGUUAAGCUAUUAAACACCAUGUCACAUAAGGGUCAUUACGAUCUCUUAAAGCAUCCACUGUGUGAAACAUUCUUACAUCUGAAAUGGCUUCUCGUUUACCCACUUCUUUACCUCAAGUGGAUAAUAUUUACAGGAGUGGUAGCAUCACUGACUGCAAGCGUGUGUCUUAGGGCAAGCCUACCCUUUCCUCAGACUACUGAGAGUGACAAAGCUUGGCGAGACAAUAACUACAGCGUGUUAACCUCUAUUAUAGUGCUACAGGUGGUGUCAGCUUUUCUUCUUGCUCUGUUGGUAGCGAGAAUGGUCAUGCAGAUGUUGGUACUAAGGUCUCUCUUGUGGCGCCGAGUGGAUAAAUGUAUGGAGUUGGUGUUUACUGUAUGCUCGGCGAUUCUCCUGGCGAUGAAGGGGCCCCUAGAGCAUUGGGAACGUCACCUGGGGACUCUCACCCUUCUGCUGGGCUGGUAUAAUGUCACCGUCCUUGUCGGCGACAUCCCUUCAGUUGGUAUUUACGUCCAAAUGUUUCAUACCGUUGCAAGAAGGAUAAUUAAAUUCACAGCUGUGUUCUCGUCACUGAUCAUUGGCUUUGCUAUCAGUUUCCACUUGGCAUUUGAAAAGGCAGAGGCAUUCCAAACUGUCUGGUUGUCUAGCCUCAAGGUGCUUGCCAUGAUGGUGGGAGAACUAGACUUUCAUGAGAUCUUAGGAACCAACGCCUCGCAAGCCCUACCAGUGACAUCAGAAGUAGUGUUUGUGGCGUUUGUGUUGCUCAUAACAAUAGUCAUCGCAAAUCUACUGGUCGGCCUCGCAGUCCAGGAUAUCCACGAUUUAUGGAAGGUUGCUGGUGUGCGUCGCCUGGCACUCACUGUGGAACAUGAAGCCUCGGUGGAUCUAAUGUUAUCUUCUCGCCUCUUCACUUGCUUAUUAUCCCACAAGCUCUUGGCUCACUUGACCAAACGGUUUUCACUUCUGCAACAAUUCCCAUCAAGAUUUCUCUCUCUGUUAACCCCAAGAAAACAUACACUGGCAACCUUGCAAUGGUGGACAUUUAAAGAAGCAGCCUAUAAAAAAUAUGGACAGAUGAACCGCUUCAACGUUUUUAUACGUCCAUAUGACCCAGUCGACCCUGAGCAAGUAUAUUGCAAAAUAUCCCGCAAACAAGAGGGGAUUCCUUCCGGCUACAAGCUACCAUCUUGGAUAAUCAGAAACACCAAAAUCUUCCUUGAGAAUGGUAUCCGUCUGGGCACAAGUCGUGCAGAGUUAGUGCAGAGUUAUGAUAGUGAUGAGAGUAGUAAUUGUGAAGGUGAGGACAGUAUUAAUGACAAUAGUAGUUGGGAUGCGAUUACUGAGGAUAGUUUUAGUGAAGGUGACAACCUUAUGAUUACAGGUUUUGAUACUAUUGAUGCUGUUGCUAAUAAGACUAAUGAUAUUCUUAAUAUUUCCAGUGAAAGUGAUCAUUUAUCCUUAGUUAAACUUCAGGAUCAAAUAAAUGACUUAAAACAAUCCAUAGCAAAUAUAAAUUAUCUCGCCGAGGGAAACUGCAAAGUUAAAUACGAGACAACGAUAUAAUUUUUUUUUAUUUUGUAUGGUGCCCUCGAACUGUCUACUAAAUAUGACUGUGUGACCCUGGUGGGUUUCGCGCUUAGUUUUGAUAAUAAUAAUUCACUAAAUGUGUAUGAAAUGUCAUCCAUAAGGUAGUCCCUUUAUAAAUGUAACUUCAGCUUUGUUGGAAGGAUAUCUUGGAAGCUCUCUAAACUUAAUAUACUGCGGCCAGUAAUAACAGCCUGGUUGACCGGGCACUAGUCCAACGCGAUGCCUGGUCACAGACCGGGUCGAGGGGUCGUUGACCCCGGAACCCUCUCCAGGUACAUUAUAUAUAUAUAUAUAUAUAUAUAUAUAUAUAUAUAU